UUAAUCACCUGACGUCCAGCGGACUCUGUCGAUUCAAGCAGAGGGAAUUAUAACACAAAACCGACCAAAAAUGCAUCUUUUGGGGAUUUGGAUGCUGAUGGCGGCUCUGCAGCUGGUUGCUCUGGGCAGAGAGGCCGAGCGCUCGUCGUCAGGCGAGCAGGGGUCGUUGCCGUGCACGAGGGGCUUCACUCAGGAGGACUACGUCAUCGAAGUGGACCGGGAGCUGGCAAAGGGACAGGCUGUCUUCAACGUGAGCUUCACGGACUGCGGUAGAAGGAAGGUGUGGUUCCAGGUUAGCGACUCAUCUGAUUUCGGGGUGAGUGAGGACGGUGCGGUCUACGCCCUGCGCCGCCUCAGCCUGGUGGGAAGUGGAAAAGCUGUGGAGGUGGUGUACGCCCAAGACCCGCAGUCCAAACAGGUCUGGAAGACCAGAGUGCACCUCCUCGUCCGUCCAAACGGCAACAGCGCAGGACUUGAACAGGUGAAGCACAGUGAUGCAACACUGACUCAGCGGGUACCAGAGAUCUUGUUUCCAUGGCGCAGCGUGGUUGUCAGGGGCGAUGGCACUCUGAGGCGGGUGAAGAGGGACUGGGUCAUUCCGCCCAUCAACGUCCCCGAGAACUCACGAGGACAGUUCCCCGAGGAGCUUGUCAGAAUCCGCUCGGACCGGGAUAAUAACCGGUUGCUACGGUACAGUGUGACGGGUCCCGGGGCCGACCAGCCCCCGACCAGCAUCUUCAUCAUCAGCCCAAUCUCGGGCCAGCUGUCCGUCACCAAGCCUUUGGACAGAGAGCAUAUCUCCAACUUCCAUCUGCGAGCCCACGCGGUGGACCUGAAUGGAAAUCAGGUGGAGAACCCCAUCGACAUCGUCAUCAACGUCAUCGACCAGAACGACAACAGACCAGAGUUCACGCACACCAUCUUCAACGGCUCUGUACCCGAGGGAUCCAAGCCUGGAUCCUUUGUGAUGACGGUGACAUCCGUGGAUAAGGAUGAUCCAAAAACUGCAAAUGGGAUGCUGCGAUACAAGAUUCUCUCCCAGAAUCCCCAGAGCCCCUCCUCCAACAUGUUCACUAUUAACAACAAGACGGGUGACAUCAUCACCGUGGCAGCGGGCCUAGAUCGGGAGAAAGUCACCCAGUACACUCUGAUCAUCCAGGCCACGGACAUGGAGGGGAACCCCACGUACGGCCUGUCCAACACCGCCACCACUGUCAUCAGGAUCACUGACGUCAACGACAACCCGCCUGAGUUCACCACCGACACAUUCUUCGGGGAGGUCCAUGAGAACAGAGUGAACGUCAUCGUGGCGAACCUGACCGUGACGGAUAAAGACCAGCCGCACACAUCAGCAUGGAGCGCCGUGUACCGCAUCAUCGCCGGGGACCCCACCGGACGCUUCUCCAUCCCCACCGACCACACCACCAACGAAGGCCUGCUCACUGUGGUCAAGCCCAUAGACUUUGAGCUGACCCGCUCCUUCAUGCUGACGGUGGAGGCAGAGAACGAGGUCCCGCUGGCCCGUGGAAUCCACCUGCCGCGGCAGUCCACGGCGACCGUCUCCGUGCGGAUCCUGGACGUCAACGAGAGUCCCGAGUUCAGCCCCAAUCCCAAAUCCAUCAAACUGGAGGAGGGUCUGCCCGCGGGGUCACUGCUCACCACCUUCACUGCCCAGGACCCCGACCGCUUCUUGAGACAAACUGUCCGGUACUCCAAGAUGUACGACCCCGCUAACUGGCUGGAGAUUGACCCCGUUAAUGGUCGCAUUUCCACCAUCGCCAUCCUUGACCGAGAGUCUCCCUACGUCAAGAACAACCUCUACAACGUCACAUUCAUGGCCUCUGAUAACGGUAUCCCUCCUGCCAGCGGGACAGGCACCCUUCAGAUGUACCUGCUGGACAUAAAUGACAAUGCACCUCACGUGUUCCCCCCUGAGGUGGAAAUGUGUGAGAAGCCUGAUCCGAACGCCAUCAACAUCACAGCCAGUGACCCCGACCUGACCCCGAACGCGGGACCCUUCGCUUUCGAGCUGGCCAAUCGGCCAUCAGAUGUACGCCGCAACUGGACGCUGAAUCGCAUCAAUGGCGAGUAUGCCCAGCUGAGACUGAGGAUCGGCUCCCUGGCUAGUGGGAUCUACGAGGUUCCCAUCAUGAUCACAGACUCCGGUAACCUGCCCAUGUCCAACACGUCCUACCUGAGAGUCAAGGUCUGCCAGUGUGAUCACCAUGGCGACUGUGUGGACAUGGAGCGGAUCAUCGCCGCUGGACUGGGUACCGGAACCAUCAUCGCCAUCCUCAUCUGCAUCAUCAUACUAUUAGUGCUGGUGCUGCUGUUUGUCAUGUGGAUGAAGAGGAGGGACAAGGAGCGUCAGGCCAAGCAGCUCCUCAUCGACCCAGAGGACGACGUGCGAGACAACAUCCUGAAAUAUGACGAGGAGGGGGGAGGAGAGGAGGACCAGGACUACGACCUGAGUCAGCUGCAGCAGCCCGACGCCCUGGAGCCAGAGUGCAUCAAGGUGGGGAUCAGACGUCUGGAUGAGAGGCCUCUCCACCAUGACCACCAGUACCCCAUCCGCUCUGCCGCCCCCCACCCAGGAGACAUCGGAGACUUCAUCCACGAGGGCCUGAAGGCAGCGGACAACGACCCCACUGCCCCCCCCUACGACUCCCUGCUGGUGUUCGACUACGAGGGCAGCGGCUCCGACGCCGGCUCCCUCAGCUCCCUGCACUCCUCCUCGAGCUGCGGCGACCAGGACUACGACUAUCUCGGCGACUGGGGGCCGCGCUUCCGCAAGCUGGCCGACCUGUACGGCGGAGGGGACGACUAG